CUAAACCACGAUACGACCAAUCCACAUAUCUUGGACGUGUAAGGCACUUUAUGGAUAUCACGGAUCCGAGAACACUAUUUGUCUCUCAAAAAGGUUUGGACGACGCAAAGAAAUUAAUCAACGACUACCAAAUUGAAAAAAUUAAGGGUGUAGAUCCAGAGAAAUUAUGGCGAGCUAAAAAGAUCGUGGAAUCAACUAUUCAUCCAGACACAGGCGAGGCUGUGUUCUUACCAUUUCGUAUGUCUUGUUUUGUGCCGACUAAUCUUGUGGUUGUGGCUGGCAUGCUGAUGCCUAAUCCGAGUAUGAAAAGUAUGAUAUUCUGGCAAUGGGCCAAUCAAAGUAUAAACGUGGCGUUUAAUUAUUCGCAUGCGAAUAAAACCAUAAAGAUGGAUUAUGGCGAGACGGCUAUCGCCUACACCUCGGCAGUAACAACAUCGUGCGGGUUGGCAGUAGGCCUCACACAAUUAGUACCUCGACUAAGAUUCUUGAAACCAGCAGCUCGAAGUUUAUUGAGUCGCCUGGUGCCUUUUGUGGCUGUUGCUAGCGCCGGGACUGUUAACGUUUAUUUGAUGAGGUUAAAAGAGAUCAGAAAUGGGAUUGAUGUAUGCGAUGAGGAUGGGAAUGUAUUGGGUAAAUCUAAAGCAGCAGGAGCUUCAGCAGUCAAACAAGUCGCAAUAUCCCGGGUCUUAAACAACUCUCCGGUUCUUACCAUCCCACCAUUGUUACUAUCACAGCUAGAAAAAACGAAUUUUCUGAAAAGGAAUCCCAGAUUCCUGUUACCAUUAAAUUUUGGACUAAUAACUCUAUCCUCAAUCACCGCGCUUCCACUUGCAAUCGCCGUUUUUCCACAACGAGCCGAAAUUGAUACAAAAAAAUUAGAGCCAGAAUAUUCGGGUUUGCGUAAUAAAAACGGUGACAUUAUCAAUAAAGUAUAUUACAAUAAAGGAUUGUAA